CGGAAGUGCGAACCAUAACAAUGGCUCUAUCCAAAGCCGCUUCGAAACUAGGCUAAAUAAUAACUAUUUGUGGAUAAAUGUUGAAAAAAUGGAUGGUGUUAUUCGAUUCAUCUCAAACCGGGUAUAUUUUUAAACCUGAAAAUAAUCUAAUGCGUAGCGAAAAUAAUCGAAACAAGUGAAAAUAAGGCUUAGACAAAAAGCGGUAUGUAUAGCGGUCUCCUUCCGAAUGGACUCAGUGAGGAUGACCUCAGUCCUGAUGAGGACGAGGAGACGCAAAACACACAAACUGAACCUGGAACCGAGGAAUGUCCUGCUGAAAGCGAGCAGAAACUGCAGAAUGACCCAGCAUCAGCAUCAGCAUCAUCUCCAUCAUCUCCUCUUAACAGCUGCUUGCCUGGAGUCUCUCAAGAUAUGUGGAAAAAAUUUAAAGACCUGCAAAAUGAAAGAGAGACUCAGAAGACAGAUCAACCCCCAGUAAGAAAACGAGGGAAGAAACGGCACAGGAAAGGUGGAACUCUGAAGCAGGCGGAUGAUGCAGAACAGAAAAGGGAUGGUAAAGAGGUUCGAGUGAAGCCAUGGGAAGAACUGACACAGUAUUUCGGCACCAAUGAUAGAUUUCUGCCUCCUGCUAGUAGUCGUCCUCUGCCUAAGUCAGGCCUGGAAAAGAGCAUGGAGCGAGCCAUCGCCGAAGGGGAUUAUGGGAAGGCGGAGGAGCUGAGCGACCGGCUGGCUACUCGUGAGCUGGCUGUCAAAAUCACCCAAGCUGCCGACUGCCGCGACUUCGCCCAAGCCAGACGUGAAGAGGAGGAUUCACGGGCGGCACGGAAAAAGAGGAAACAGAUCGCAUGGGGCUUUGAAGCAAAGAAAAGGUGGGAAACUAAAAGCAACAUGGGCUUCAUGUGACGCUUUCAGAGAAAUGUAAUCUAUAUAUAUAUAUAUAUAUAUAUAUAUAUAUAUAUAUAUAUAUAUAUAUAUAUAUAUAUAUUGUUUUUUCCUCUUUUCUCAAUGAAUUUGCUUUUCUAUGGUAUUUCCAAUGGCAGCAAAAAAAAAAAAAAAACUGUACAUGGUGAGUUAAAUAAACGACUUAACCUUUACAAUCAAA